CUGGCUGCAGCUUUGCAGGGAGCAGCCUCCCUUAUCCCCAGCACACCCCUUCCCCCAUGUCUAAGAGAUUCUCUGGCUUGACCCAACUGGUCUCUCAUCACAUCCCUCCAAUCCCAGAAAGUUGGAACCUGCAAACUGCGUUUUGUAAAGUGGAUUAAGCAUCCUCGCGAAGCUUUGAAGGACUCCAGAAUGUGCCCAUGAAAAUGGACCCAAACAGCAAUUGAACCAUUCCUUUGACAAUACACAUGCACUGUCUCCUGAGUGGCGUGUGCAGAGGCUGUGGGGAUAACAUCACACCAAGUGCAGUUCCUGCUCUCUUGAGAAUCAGUUCUAACAGUGAUGGGCAGACACUGAUGUACAAUUACAAAAGCAGAUUGGUGUCUGGAAACCAUCACAGCCAAGAUGAAUCCCAAAGAAGAAAAAGUAAAAAUAAUUUCAGAGGAGUUCACUGGAGAGGAUGUGGAUGCAGAGGUGGGAAGACAGAAGAAGAAUUCAAAGGUCCAAAGACAACAGAGAAAGAAAAAGCCACCUGCUACUCCCCCUGAGGAAAUGGUGUCAAACAAAUUCCAAGAUGGUGGCCAGCAGGAGAUGGUGGAAGAAGAGCCUGAGACCAACCUCCUGAGCUUGACAGCCCGGCGGGGACCCCGGAGCUUACCUCCCAUGCCUUCAGCAUCCAGAACAGGCUUUGCAGAAUUUUCCAUGAGGGAACGCAUGAGGGAGAAGCUUCAGGCUGCCAGGUCCAAGGCAGAAAGCGCAUUGCUGCGGGAUGUCCCCACCCCGAGGCCCCGGCGCCUGCGCAGUCCCAGUGAGAGGGAAACAGAGACUGAAUUUGGCACAGAGCCAAGUAAAGAGGUAGGAGGGACUCAACAAGAAGAUGACUCCCAGAGCCAUGCAAGAUUUAAGCUCCGUGGUUCUGCACAAAAAAUCAAGUCGAAACCCCAGCCCCCUCCUGGCUUCCCCUCUGCAGAAGAGGCCUAUAAUUUCUUCACUUUCAACUUCGAUCCUGAACCAGAGGAAUCAGAGGGAAAAGCACAAGUAAAAGGUGGAGGCAGAGCUCGUCAAGAGGACCAAGAAGGAGAAGAAGAAGCAUGCGCACAAGAGAGAGCAAAGAAAACGGAAGAGGAAGAGCUGCUUGAUGGUAAAGAUGCCGAGGACUUCCUGUUGGGCUUAGAUCCCGCAGCCCAUGACUUUGUGUCAGUCAGAGCCGCAGAGUACGAAAGUGCCCACGUUCGGCUACAGAAGGAAAAGGAAAUCCUCUUCACGCCUAGUCGCCUGACAGUGCCGACCUAUAAAAAGCUUCCUGAGAAUGUGCAGCCCAGAUUCCUGGAAGAUGAAGGUCUCUACAUUGGGGAAAGACCAGAGGUGGCGCGCACCAAUGAGAACAUCAUGGAGAACAGACUGCUGAUUCAGGAGCCUGGGAGGAAGUGGUUUGGAGAUGAUGGCAGGAUCCUGGCACUGCCCAGCCCCAUCAAGCCCUUUCCCUCAAGGCCAUCCCUGCCCACACAGGAGCAAAGUACCAAGGCCGAACUGGAGACUUUGUACAAGAAGGCGGUGAAAUAUGUUCACAGUAGACAGCAUAUGAUUGGAUCUGGAGACCCUCCAGGGAAUUUCCAACUGGACAUCGAUAUUUCGGGGUUAAUCUUCUCUCACCAUCCCUGUUUUAGCCGAGAGCAUGUUUUGGCCUCCAAGCUGGCCCAGCUGUAUGACCAGUACCUUGCAAGACAGCAAAGAAACAAGACGAAAUUUCUCACAGAUAAGCUUCAAGCGCUAAGAAAAGCAGUUCAGGCCGGACUUAACCCAGAGAAAGCUCAUCAGUCUCUUGACACAACCCAGAAAACCAUCAAUGAAUAUAAAUCUGAAAUUCGGCAAACUCGAAAACUGCGUGAUGCUGAACAAGAGAAGGAUCGAACACUGCUUAAGACCAUCAUAAAGGUUUGGAAAGAGAUGAAGUCACUACGAGAGUUCCAGAGGUUUACGAACACACCCCUGAAGCUUGUCUUGAGAAAGGAAAAAGUUGACCAGAAAGUAGAUGAAGAUGUAUAUGAAGCAGAGAUUCAAGCUGAGAUCCAUGAAUUGCUGGAAGAGCACACGGAAGAAUACACAAAGAAGAUGGAGGAGUACAGAACAUCGUACCAGCAGUGGAAGGCCUGGAGGAAGGCCCAGAGGGCCAAAAAGAAGAAAAAGAAGGAAACAGCAGAAGAGCACCCCGAGGAGGAGGAGGGGGUCGAGGAGCCCUUUCCAGAGGAGGAGCUCACGAAGCCCGUCCCCCCAGAGCUCACUGACCCAGCUGUCAUAGAACAGCAGGUGCGGGAGCGAGUAGCCCACAGCAGGAGGAAGCCAGGGGAGCCCAGGCUGGUCCCAGAGUUGAGUCUGGCAGGGAAUGUGACCCCCAAUGACCAGUGUCCCAGGGCAGAGGUCUCAAGAAGGGAAGACGUCAGGAGGCGCUCUGUGUACUUAAAGGUGGUCUUCAACAGCAAGGAGGUGUCCAGGACUGUCAGCCGGCCACUAGGGGCAGAUUUCCGAGUUCACUUUGGACAGAUUUUCAAUUUGCAAAUAUUCAACUGGCCAGAGAGCUUAAUGCUUCAGGUCUAUGAAACUAUUGGUCACAGCGGUACCUCCUUGCUGGCUGAAGUCUUCCUGCCUAUCCCUGAGACCACCCUUGUCACGGGAAGGGCCCCCAUUGAAGAGGUGGAGUUCAGCAGUAGCCAGCAUGUGACUCUAGACCACGAGGGAGUUGGAAGCGGAGUGCCCUUCUCCUUUGAAGCUGAUGGCAGCAAUCAACUGACUCUUAUGACCUCAGGGAAAGUGUCCCACAGUGUGGCGUGGGCUAUUGGAGAAAAUGGGAUUCCUUUAAUUCCUCCACUGUCCCAGCAGAACAUUGGAUUUCGAAGUGCUUUGAAGAGGGCAGAUGCCAUCUCAUCCAUUGGCACAUCAGGGCUGACGGACAUGAAGAAGCUGGCCAAGUGGGCAGCAGAGUCCAAGCUUGACCCCAAUGACCCCAACAAUGGCCCUUUGAUGCAGCUGAUCUCGGUUGCUACCAGUGGAGAAUCCUAUGUCCCCGACUUCUUCCGACUGGAGCAGCUGCAGCAGGAAUUCAACUUCGUCUCGGAAGAGGAAUUAAAUAGAUCCAAACGGUUCCGGCUUCUCCGUCUUAGAAGCCAGGAGGUGCCAGAAUUCCGGAAUUAUAAACAAAUUCCAGUAUAUGACCGAGAAAUUAUGGAAAAGGUAUUCCAGGACUACGAGAAACGAUUACGAGACAGAAAUGUAAUUGAAACCAAGGACCACCUGGACACCCACAGGGCCACAGUGGCCAAGUACCUUCAGCAAGUUAGAGAAUCAGUAGUAAAUCGCUUCCUAACUGCAAAACACCAUUUCCUUCUUACUGACUUGGUAGUGGAAGAAGAAGUCCCCAAUAUCAGCAUCUUGGGCCUAAGCCUUUUUAAAUUGGCGGAACAAAAGCGACCACUGAGGCCACGGAGAAAAGGCCGGAAGAAAGUGACAGCCCAAAACCUGUCCGAUGGAGACAUAAAGCUGCUGGUGAACAUUAUCCGGGCUUAUGACAUUCCUGUGAGGAAGCCCACAGUGAGCAAGUUUCAGCAGCCUUCGAGGUCUUCGAGGACUUUCAGUGAAAAGCAAACUGCUUCCCCCGGCACACACAGUCCAGUGCACAGCACAGAUUACCCCCUUGGCCAGGUCUUAGUCCGUCCUUUUGUAGAAGUCUCUUUUCAAAGAACAAUCUGCCACACCACUACAGCUGAAGGACCAAAUCCCAGCUGGAACGAAGAACUUGAACUUCCAUUCAGGGCCCCAAAUGGGGACUACAGCACAGCCAGCUUACAGUCAGUGAAGGACGACGUGUACAUUAACAUUUUCGAUGAAGUGCUGUAUGAUAUCCUGGAGGAUGACCGUGAAAGAGGAAGUGGAAUCCAUACCCGUAUUGAGAGACACUGGUUAGGAUGUGUGAAAAUCCCAUUUAGUACUAUCUAUUUCCAAGCAAGGAUUGAUGGCACAUUUAAAAUAGACAUCCCUCCAGUUCUUCUGGGAUAUAGUAAGGAGCGAAACAUUAUUAUGGAACGAGCCUUUGAUUCUGCCCGAAGCCUGAGUGAAGGCUCUUACAUCACCCUGUUUAUUACCAUUGAGCCUCAACUGGUUCCUGGAGAACCAAUUCGAGAAAAGUUUGACAGCCAGGAAGAUGAGAAGUUACUUCAGGCAACAGAGAAGUUUCAAGCGGAAUGUGCCCUAAGGUUCCCACGGCGUCAGUGCUUCCCAACAGUCAUCGACAUGAGUGGGAAAACUGUGUUCGUUACUCGAUUUCUCAAGCCUUUAAACCCUCCUCAGGAGCUCCUCAGUGUCUACCCCAACGACCCACAGGCAACUGCGGAACUGGUAGCUCGAUACGUGUCCUUGAUCCCUUUCUUGCCGGAUACUGUUUCCUUUGCUGGUAUCUGUGACCUAUGGAGCACAUCCGAUCAAUUUCUUGAUCUCCUGGCAGGAGAUGAAGAAGAGCAUGCAGUAUUGCUAUGCAAUUACUUUCUGUCCCUGGGUAAGAAGGCAUGGCUGGUGAUGGGCAAUGCUAUUCCUGAGGGUCCAACUGCCUAUGUUCUAACUUUGGAGAAAAAUUAUUAUUUAAUAUGGAAUCCCUGCAGUGGACAUUGUUAUGGACAAUUUGAUACAUUCUGCCCCUUGAAAAGUGUGGGCUGUUUAAUUGGUCCUGAUAAUAUUUGGUUUAACAUUCAACACCAUGAUUCGCCACUAAGGAUAAAUUUUGAUGUCACAAAGCCCAAACUUUGGAAAUCUUUUUUUUCACGAAGCCUUCCAUAUCCUGGCCUUUCCAGUGUUCAGCCUGAAGAGCUAAUUUAUCAACGCACAGACAAAGCAGCUGCUGCUGAGCUACAAGACAGUCUUAGGUAACUUUUGAGAAAGUGUCAUUAAGACAUGCCCCCAAGCGGUCGUGACUCACAGGUUGAGAACCACGGGUUUACAGAAACAAACCUACAAUCCUGAGUCUCAGCUAAUGGCUUCAACACACUAUUUACUAGAUUCACUGAUUUCUUCAUUUUUGAGGUAUUUGACAAUCCAUCCAUAAUUUACUCAGUCCAAAAGUGGACCCAUAGCUCCUGAGCAAGGAGGAGCUGUGAGGCUCUCUCCAACCUGUACUUAAGACAGGCAAGAGGCUUUGGAAUCAGCCAUGUUUAACUUUAGCACCACUGUCCUCUUCUGUAAAAUUGGAAUACCCCCUACAUUAAAGCAUUAGUGUUGAGAAUCAAUCAAAAUUUAUAAAAGAUAGUUAGCACUGUGCCUAGGUAAACAAGCUUAACAAAUGGUAGUUUUCUUUCAUUUUUUGUUCAUGCCCCAUAGCCUAUGAACCCAAUACAAUCAUAGCUGUCAUUUUAAAAGGCAAUUUUAAGGUAACUUUAAAAAAAAAAAACUAUUGUGAAUGACUCACUCAAUUACAAAAAUCAAUAUAAGGCAUUAAGUGUUUUAUAAAUAUUCCAGAUUCCCAACAUAAUAAAAACCUUAUGCCUGGGUAUAAUUUAUUUGUUUAUCAUAUUACCAAUGAAUAGAAAAAUUUUAGAAUUAAAAAAUGUCUCACUAGAUGUAUUCGAUUUGGCUAGGCCUGUGUCAUCAGGGGCACUGUAUUCCCGUUUAUCCUGUCUGUAUCUAUUUCCUGUUGCAAUGCAUAUAAUCUUCAAGAACAAGGAUUGCUUAGGCACUUGACCUUACGUAGCUGCUAAUCUGUUUGGGAAAACACCACCACCAAAAAUUCAUUCAAGUAUUAACC